AUGGAAUUGUGUCCCUUGAUGAGCAUGCGUGUCGACGGUAUUAUGUACUUGCCUUAUCAUGGUAGCCAACAUGGCAGCAAUAGCGUAAAAUCGACUAACAAUGGAUUGGUGUUAACUCAUCUCCUAAAUAUGGCCAACACUGCUCAGGAGAUCUUUUCAUUUGGCGACUUCAGCAAUCUGUCCCCAGAAGAACAAGAUACAGUACAAAAUAUUUUGCAUGGGGACAAUGCCGAAACAAGUCGGAGGAAAGUUGAAUUUCCAUGGGAUAAAGAUGGUGUUGGUGUAAAUCAAUUUGACUCUUUUAUUGAUUAUGAUGAUACAUAUAAGAAUCCUCCUCCAGCACCUCCAUCAGUAGUCCCAGUCGCCACCCUUUAUCCUGGCUCUGGCCCAGUUCCCCAUCUUCCACAUGGAGCAGCCAUUUUCUCUUCCCCCAUUGUGCCAUUGGUGUUUUCCCCACCAGUUAAUCUUCCACCGGCCCCAAUUAACAGAACAUCAACUGUGGGACCCCCACCUGGAUUGAUACCCAUUGGUUUGACUGUUGUUAAUGAGAUUACAAUGUCCAGGCCUACAGAGCUUCAUCCUGAGGUGAUGAACAUCUCUCCAAAUAUUCCUGUUCCUCCUUGUCCUCAAAUAAUUCCUGUCUGUAACAACAUAGAUGUGCCAGCAGUUGCUCCUUCAGUUGAUGUCAACAGUGAAAACAUGAAGUCAUUUUCUAAUAGCCGUGAGACUAUUUCUAAUACUGAAGAUGAGAAUCAACUAAGGGCAGAUGAGGAUGAGGAAGGGUCGAAAUCUGCCAAGAUAAUUGCAGAUUUGAAGAACCGUGAAAGACGCAAUAAAAAAGUACGUCCCAAAGACUACUACAAGAAAUUUGAAGGGACUGAGCUUAGCACUAAUGAGGCAAGUGAUGUAGAGACUACUCAGUGUGCAAAUCAGAACAAAGACUUUGAUAAUGUGCCUUCUGGGAAAAUAGAAAAUGAUUUUAAUCCAGAUUAUUUCUCUGAUACUAUUAGCUUUUUUGACACUGAGGUUUCCGCUGAAAAUGGAAUCCUGUGUGAUAGUCCAUCGUUAGAAUUACUAAUGGAUAAACACAAGCAGGAUCCAGUGAAGAUUUUUGAUCAGAAAGAUAAUAGCAAUUGCGGUCAAGUGGAUGCAAAGAUUGAUACAGCUGAUCUUUGUGAAGUUGAGGCAUUGGUUAUAAUUGAUGGCAAAUGCCAGCCCAGCAAUAAACCCAACGAAAAGUUCCUGUUUAAAGAAUCAAAUAACUGUGAUAUUAAUUCUGUUGACCAACAGAAUAAAGGUAAUUGUAAACAGGACAAAAAUGCGACUACUGUGCCAGAACCAGUUGAUGGUGGUUGCAGCCAAGAACAAUUUGAAUCUAGUGUUGAUGAUGAAACCAAAGUUGAUGCAGGCAUUGUGAGCUCAACAGAAAAGGUGAAGGCUGAAGCCAGUAACCAGAGUAAUGUUCCUACCACCACUAUUACUAUUACAACAACCACCACCACCUCUACUGCUACUGUCACUACUAAAGAGGCUCCAGCUGACCUAGCACAACCCAAGCCCAAAAUGUCAUGGGCGGGUCUGUUCAAGAACACUUUGUCUACAUCAAGGAGUAUUGUGGUAUAUUCUGAAUCACCCCAGAGCAAUGAAGUAUCUUCAGCAAUGCUGGUGUCAUCUACAGCACUUGCCAGUGGCACAUCGGGAACAGUUCAAUCAGCAACCACUUCAUCUCAGAAAACUAGUCCGGAUCAUCAAUUUGUGAAAGAGAAUAGUCCACAACCACAAGCACCAGUCAGUCCGGCUAAUGAUAGUCUGGCACAAGUCCUUGGAGUGUCCUUGAGAAAAAUUUCAUUGACUUAUAAACCAGUCUCCUUACAACCUCGAGGGCUUAUCAACAAAGGCAAUUGGUGUUAUAUUAAUGCUACAUUACAAGCUUUAGUUGCUUGUCCUCCUUUCUAUCAUUUAAUAAAGCAGUUACCUCUGAAGACACCUGAUCUCCGUGGACCCAGCUCCACACCAGUUGUGGAUGCAAUGUUUAGAUUUGUAAAUGAAUUCCAUGUGAUGUCUCACUUCCCAGUUAAUACAAAGAAACGUCCACAGUCAUAUGAAUUGACUGCUGGCUCUUCUUUUGAGCCUUCAUAUGUGUAUAAAAUGUUGCAUAUGAUUGAAUCUACCAUGUCUUUCAAGUUUGGUAAACAAGAGGAUGCAGAGGAAUUUUUAAGUUUUGUUCUUAACAGAUUGCACGAGGAGAUGUUAGGUGUAAUAAAUAUUACUGGAAAUAACUCCAAGCAAGAUCCUGAUACAAAACAGCACCCAGCUAAUGGUUUCUUGCUUGAUGAGAAUUGUAAUUCUGAAGAAGACCUCAAUGCUGAUGAAUGGGAGCAAGUAGGGCCCAAGAACAAAAGUGUGUUUACUCGAAGGGCGAGCUUUUCAAGGACCUUAGUUGCAGAUAUCUUUGCUGGCCAGAUCCGAUCAGCUGUCUACCAAACUGCAUCAAGGGAAUCUGCUACUCUUGAGCCAUUCUUCACUUUGCAGCUAGAUAUUCAAUCUCCUAAUGUAUCAACUGUGAAGGAUGCUCUUGAGGGUCUUGUCAGCAGAGAAGCUGUACAUGGUUUUACAUGCUCAAAGACAAACAGUGAGGUGGAAAUUACCAAAAGAUUAACUCUUGAAGAACUACCACCUGUUCUCAUUCUUCAUCUGAAAUGCUUCAUAUAUGACAAAAAUGGAGGUAUACAAAAGGUUCUGAAGAAGAUUGAUUAUCCAAUUGACCUUGAUAUCAACAAAGACUUGUUGUCACCAAUCAGAUCUAGGAUGCCCAUAAACCAACGUAAUUACACACUUUUUGCUGUUCUGUUUCACCAUGGCAAAGCUGCCAGUGGUGGUCACUAUACAACUGAUGCCUACCAUAGUGGAUUAAAUGGUUGGGUGCGUUAUGAUGACAGCAUUGUGCGGCAGGUUCCAGUUUCCCAUGUCCUCAAGUUUGUCCCUAAUCGAAUUCCUUAUUUAUUGUUCUAUAGGCGCUGUCCAAGUUAUUGGAACACCCUUUAUAUAUCAUAUUCUCCUAUCUAUCUAUCUAUCUAUCUAUCUAUCUAUCUAUCUAUCUAUCUAUCUAUCAUAUAA